AGCCAUAACUGUUGCGGUCUGCAAGUGGCCGUGCGCUUCCCUGAUAAGGGUUCUCUCGGCUGCAAGAUGGAUGACAACUUCAACAUGAAUGAUGGCGGGAUACGGAAGCGGAACGUCGGUGCAGAGACUCCGGCAGCGCGGGACGGCGACUCCUUCAUCAAGAAGUUUGAUAUCUACAACAAGGUAUAAUACGCAUAAAAGUACUCUCCACUGCGGCCGAGCUCUACCCUGGGUGCUUUGUUUUUUUCGUAAAUGGAAAUUUUGACGCGAUUAAAAUGUCGAGGAUAUAGCGUUUUUGAAAAAACUUCUGCAAAAAGGUGCAUGACGACUACAACAUAAAGACGAAAAGCGGGGGCACGAUAUCACUGCUCACGUACAUUUCUAUGCUGAUCCUGAUCGCGGGGGAGCUAAGAUUUUACCUGUCAACGAGAAUUUCGGACCACAUCGUGGUGGACACGACGACCGACGAGAAGCUACCCAUCGGGCUGAAUAUCACCUUUCCGGACCUGCGAUGUGACGAGGUUUCCGUGGACACGGUGGAUUCGUCGGGCGAGAACCAAAUCAACAUCGACUCGGGCGGGCUCCAGAAGUACCCCGUGGAUCGGUUCGGGCGGUUUGGCGAGGACCCGGUGGCGCCAGAAGGAGCCUGUCUGUCGUGCUACGCAGCGGCCUCGAACAUGCCCGAGGGCUCGUGCUGCAACGACUGCAAAUCGUUGAAGGAGGCGUACACGCAAGCGGGGCUCAGCUACUACAAAGUCCUGAAGGAGUCCGAACAGUGCAAGCACAUCGUCGGCUGCGUCGUCGACGGCGACGUGCUCGUGUCGAAGGUCGCCGGGAAUGUCCACGUGGCGCUGGGGAAGUCCAUUGUUCGCCAGGGCAGACUAUCAAAUGCAAAAAUGUUGUCUGGGUCUGGAAACUUGUGAUGCUGGGUGGCGUACCAUGAGGAGGCCACAAGUGCUGGCUCAGCAUGACAGGUUUCUGAGCUUCUAGGUGUUGCCUGUUCUGCAUGACAAACUGCGUUUCUGAAUGGCUGAGAAAUUGUCUUGUGCUCUUGGUCUUGGGUAACGUGCAUGACAGAUUUGAGAGCCGUGCCAGACAAGCAUGACAAACAUGCAGUCUUCCAGACCCAGACAAAUUUGCACUUCAUACAGACACGUCCACGAGUUCAACAUCCGAGACGUUUCCGAGGGCUUCAACACGUAUCCUGAGUAAAAACGUACCCACACCAGAGUUGUAAUGCAGAUUUGCAAAGACAGGAAGACUUGUAAUGCGCAUCCCCAUGGGAGCCAUUUCCAAUCGUGUUUUGGAAUUUGUGAUGCUGUGAACAGGAUGAGCAGAUGAAUCUGUGAGGCGGCUGCACUUGCUAACCUGCACUACACUGCAGAGUGCAACGCGUCAUGCGUGACUCACAAAACUCCUAGGUUUGUGUUGCAAAAUCCCCAACCUGACUCUGGUGUGGGUACGUUUUUACUCAGGAUAACACGUCGCACAUCAUCAAUCGCUUGCAGUUUGGUCCGCGCUUCAAUGGCCUCGUGGAUGCGCCACUGUAUGCUGUAGAGAAAAGCACAUCGCACAUACUUGCGACCAGAUAAUUUUGGGGAGUAGGCAUGUUCUUAUUUUGCGUUUGCAAAGCGUGCCAUCAGCACAGAUAGCUGAUUUUCGUCACACUGACCAGCGAGAUGAAAAACGCAAAUGUAUUGCAAAUGGUUGCACUAUGGGAUGCGCUUUUCAGUAUGAUACGCCGGAAGGUACGCCAGUGGGUCGUUCAGCCAGGGGAUGUUCUUCCAGUGGCAGUGUUAGUCUUUUGUUCAAGGUGCUCAAUGAAGAACCUCGCGAAAAUAAUGAAAGUGAAGGCUGUCAUUUGGAUUACUGCACGAAGUUUAGAAGUCUAUCAAUACAAACAAACAUCAAACGAACAAGGUACGUCGAAGAUCGUGGACCACGGCGCUUGCGUUUUUGAAAGCUCCCCAAAAUUUGCCGAAAAUCUGCCAAAAUCUGGAGGAAAGGUCCAAGGAAAGGGCCAAGGGAGAGCGGCCGCCUAUGUGGCAGGCCAUACAGCUACGCACAGGCGCCCCGGGGAGGCCUCGACGGCCCGCCGGGAAGCCGCCGGCCCGUCUUCAGACACGGUGGGGCGCUCGAUUUUCUCCGGUUGGUCGCGUGUUUCCCUGUCCAGUCCUGCGUGAUUUGCAACCACUACGCGCAUCGUUCUGUUGCUUCUUGCCGCUACAACGAAUGGCGGCGCGCUGCUGGCGCGCCUCUUUCUCGUCGCCAUGGGUCUGUGUGCACCUUGUUGCGCGUCCAUUGUGCUUGCCCAAGGCGGCACGGUGCCGCGCGCAGUCAGUUCGCGCACCGCGGAGGCCCCCUUUUCCUUCUCCCUGGUGUGCAGUUCGUUCCCCCCCUCCUCCUUCUUCUCUGUAUGUUGCCCAGUUCGAUCACCCCCGCCCUCCACAAAAACUCUUCUUUUCCUGUCAGUUCGAACCCCUCCAAGAAAAAGACACUUAUUUUCCCACUCAGUUCGUUUUCCCUUUCUUUCUUUUUUGUCUUUUCAGUGCGCUGUUCGUUUACUAAAGUUGUAAAACUCGAAAACCAGAACCACUACAAACAUCAAACGAACAAGGUACGUCGAAGAUUGUGGACCACGGCGCUUUCAUGUUUCACUACUACAUCUAUCGAAGUGAAAAACGCCCGCAUGAUCCCUCGUAGCAAACAAGGAUAUUUUAUUAAUGUGACCCAAAUUGAUGCAGAUGAGAACUCCCUUGCAUAUGGCGAUUCAUUGCGGCGUCUUUCCCUUCUGAUAACAACAAAUUGAUUCCCACGAUUUUCAUGGAGGAUCGGUACCCAGAGACGUCAAAAAAGUACUCGCACCAGUACUCCUCCACGGAGGCCAGCCGCAACGUACUGGUGAACACGGAGCAGCUAGCCGGGCUGCCUGGAGUGUUUCUAGUCUACGACUUCUCGCCCUUCCUCGUGCAGAAACGGUUGGGAUUCAUCCCGUUCUCGCACUUCCUCACCAGCCUCUGUGUCAUUAUCGGCGGAAUCUUCACGAUCAGCAGCUCGCUGGAUAAGUUUCUCUACGCGACCGGCAAGAAGCUCACGGGUGGCAGCAAGAGAAAUCUCUCACUGUGACGAGCGGAAGAGGACGUGUGGUCGGGCGCUGUGAUUAUUUUUAAAGUGGUUUGCAGUUAGGAGGCUUGGGAGGUCAAGCCUAUUUGGUAGUACCUACUCUUUUGGUUUUGCCCACGAAUAUCUAUAUUUUUUUGAACCGAAAACGUGAAAAUAUGCUAAGCAGAUAACGUAACCUUUUCUCACAUCGAAUUGCGACGCACCAGUUUGGUUUAAGAUUAACUAACUUUACGCAAAACUUGCAGAUGGUGGAAUCUUGUCAUCUCCAAGGGAUUUAGAACAUUUUAGUGUUUUUUUGGGCGUGGAAGGUAGGAGCAACGCGUCGAUUUGAAGGGGAUCUGGCACAGUACCCGGACCACGCGGACUUUUCUUCGCAAGUAUGCAGUAGCAUUGUUCGUAGUAGUCUACUGACGCACGUGCAGUGUGGCACAGCAAGAGAAGAAGAUCUAGCUAACUGCUAUAUCAAGAAGAAAAGAAAGAUCAUUC